AGGGUGCUGUUGAUGACAAAGGUGUGCAAGGCGAACAAAGCCUGUAGAGAGGCAUUCAAGGCGCAUGUCCUUCCUCCUGACUUUGAUCGUAAUGCAUCCACUAGUGAUCGUUCAACCGCUCUGGAAAGUCAUGCAGAUAUAUUGGGACGAAGCAUCCGGCUUAUGGCCUGCAUGCAUCAUUCCACUUUGAAAGAGGCCAUCGGCGAGCUGCUCUUUCUCGCGUGCAACUCUAAUGCUCAAGAGCUCAGUGCCCUAAUUGGCUACGGCAAUGCCGCCGGCUUCAACCUCUACAACCACAAUAUGCUCGCUGCCCCUCCCACGACCUCUUCCUCACAACCAUCCUCAUCUUCUGGUCCUGCAACAAACCCAAUCACAGGGACGCUGCAGACGGAGAGGGAGAAUCCUGCAGAGGAGAUGACGCAAGAGGAGAAGGAGCGGGAGGUGGAGAAGCUCACGGUACAGCAGAAAUCAUCGUCAUUUUAGUCAAAUCCAGUCAUUUAUUUCCAUGAAAGAGUCGUGAGAUGGCUUAUCCCAUACGACGUCGAGGGUAUUGAC